GUGAGGGUCAACUCUUAAUGGUUUAACAGUUGUGAUGUAUGAAACCUUUUUAAAUGUUGAUUUUUCCCACUGCUAUGUGUUUGUACAGAAUGAGGGCUGUGCUGUUGCUGCUGCUGUUAGUCACUCUAAUCACUAUUAAAACUGUAGCUGGAGGCAAAAACAAAAAAGAGAAAAACAAACCCUCCCAGUCUGGGUCAGAAUGCACUGACUGGCGCUAUGGCAACUGUGUCCCUAGCAACGGGGACUGUGGAGCAGGGUAUAGAGAUGGGUCAUGUGACCAGCAGAAGAAGAAGAUGAGAUGUAAAGUACCUUGCAACUGGAAAAAAGAAUUUGGAGCUGACUGCAAGUAUCGGUUUGGUGGUUGGGGAGAGUGUGAUCCAAGCUCUGGCUCGCAGACCAGAACAGGGACGUUGAAGAAGGCUCUGUAUAAUGUGGAGUGUCAGCAGACUAUUUCUGUCUCCAAACCUUGUCCUGGAAAAACCAAGACAAAAACCAAAGGAAAGAAGAAAAAAGGCAAGGGGAAGUAAAAAAGGCUGUACAGAAGAGUCUCCGGGUAUAGUCUUCAGCAAAUAAAAAUACAACAAACACUGUGUGAACCAGUUGUUCUCAGACAGUUGGACAGUGGCCCAACACCAAUAGAUUUAUAGCUUGAUUUACAUACACACAUUUUUGAAUCUUCUCCAGGCUUUGAAGAAGAUAUACUUUAUUGAUCCCCUAGGGGAAAUUGUUUUUUUCACUCUUUUUAUACACACACACAGGCUCAAAUGCACACU